CAUUCCUAGUACACUCUUAUAUGGCCAUAUGCACGCCACAGAACAAGCCAUGUGUUUCGGCUCCGCGGCAUGAAGUUUAUGUUUGUAUAUUUGGUCUGCGUUAACCGCACAGGUAACCGCUUGUUAGUACAGGUACGAGUGUGGUUAGCAAACUGGUAGGUGUUCUGUGUAUAGGUGUCAUCUGUGUAAAGAAAACAUGGACGAUGCUACAGACAGCGCGUGUUCUUUCUCUGGAGAUGGACUGGAGCUGGAGGAUAAAAGUGAGGGGGAAAUAAAAAAUGAUCUGUCGGCUAUGUCUUUCGAGGAGCUUCAGUCUCUGAAAGAGAAGAUUGGUUUGAAGAUGUAUAAAGAGGCUGUUUUCGGCCUGGACCGCAAAAAACCGAAUCGGAAUUUUACGCGGGACAACAAAAACCGGCCGCGAGAGAUGACUGCCAAGCAACAAGUACCAGUCUAUAGGGAAGUGUUUCAGGCCAAAAGAAAGGUCAAGCAGGAUCCUCGUUUUGAUGCGAGGGCUGGAGAUUACAAUGAGAGAGCCUUUAGGGAAAGCUACUCAUUUGUAAACGAUAUACGAUCAAGAGAGAGGCAGGAGCUGGUCAAGAUGGUUCAAGAAGAAAAGGAUCUCCAGCAGCGUAUGAAAUUGAAAGGACUUCUACAAAAGAUGGAAAAUCAGGAAGCCACUGAAAAGAUGAAAAGUUUGAAGGAUCGCCUUGAUGACCAGUACAGUCAGUUUCUUGCUGACAACCGUGAAAGCAAGCCACUCUUCCUGAACAAGACUGCAAGACGAAAAAUUGAGUUGGCUGAAAGGUUCAAGCUUCUAAAAAAGGCUGGAAAACUCGACAAGUACCUGGAGAAAAGACGCAAGAAGAAUGUUCAGAAGGAGCGGAAAAAACUACCUUUAUCAGUUACUUAAAUUUGGCUUGUAUGUCUUGUUUUAAAUACAUGUAUUCCUUCAAUUAAUUCUCUUGUUUGCAUACCAUGCUGAUGCAUUUACUCAAUGGAAGGUAACCGACAUAACUUGCACAUACAAAAUCAAUGGAAUCCUUUGAGAUUUGAGGUGGCUACAGUGUACAAAUAAAUAAAAUUGCUGAAAGUCUUAAUGAAA